AUGUCGUCGGAAUCCGACCAACCAUCUCGGCGAUCCACCAGCCUGCCCAUUGCUUUCACCUCUUUUUCAAUCAUUCUAGUUGUCCUUCUCUCAUGGCUGUCUGGAAGUUCAGUGACACCAAAGAUCCCCAACGUGGACCAACCGGUAGACGAGGGAGUGCAAGUGGACGACGGCCCGGAAUUUUUCAAUAAGACUCUUCUCCGACGUGUGGAUCCAUACUCAUGUACCAAAGAUAUUCCCUGUCACACGGAGGCCUGCUGUGGCUCUUUCUUUGACGGUGAUGUGGGAACCUGUGGGUUUGGAGACACCUACUGUGGGUCGGACUGCGUCAGUCAAUGCGAUGCAAAGCCGGAAUGUGGCCAAUAUGCCAAUCCACCCGGCAAGACCUGUCCGCUGAACGUCUGCUGCAGCGAGUUUGGCUUCUGUGGCACCACGCCCGAGUUCUGUGAUGCCUCCCAGGGCUGCCAGAGCAAUUGCGGGAGCCCUGCGAUCCCGCCCGGGAAAAGUGCGAAACCAGUCACGAACAAGGUCAUUGGAUACUACGAGGCCUGGAGUGCCCGACGAGAAUGUUACCCGUUCCCUCCUGCGGCCAUUCCCAUCGAAGGUUUGACCCAUCUGAACUUCGCGUUUGCAUACAUUGAUCCGUCCACCUUCGAGGUUAUCCCCAUGGACGAUAUCACUCCGUCGUCGCUGUUCACGCAGACGGCGGAUGUUCGGACGUUCCAGUCCGGUGUGUCAACCUUGGAGGUCUUUGUCUCGCUGGGAGGGUGGACGUUCAGCGACAAUGGUACGGCCACACAGCCCACCUUUGGGAAAAUCGCCUCGACCGAGGCCAAUCGUCAGCGAUUCGCGAAUAAUAUGGUGAAAUUCAUGAAAAAGUAUGGGUUUGACGGAGUUGAUAUUGAUUGGGAAUACCCCGGAGCAGGAGAUCGAGGGGGCAACCCCGCUGAUACGGACAAUUUUGUGCUGCUGAUGAAAACCCUCCGGGAGACAUUUGACAGCUCGGCACACGGACCCUACGGACUCACCUUCACUAUUCCCAGCUCAUACUGGUAUCUGCGAUGGUUUGACGUUCCUGGGAUGUUGAAAUACGCCGACUGGACCAACGUAAUGACGUACGACUUGCACGGGGUGUGGGACAGGGAAAACCCCAUCGGGGAAAUUGUCCAGGGUCACACGAAUCUCACAGAGAUUAAGCGGUCCAUGGAUCUCCUCUGGCGGAAUAACAUCGCCCCGGAAAAAGUCGUGUUCGGGAUGGGGUUUUACGGCCGUUCAUUCCAGCUCAAGAGUAGAACCUGUUCAUCUCCGGGAUGCGGUUUCGAGAUCCAAGACAUCAUCGCCGACCAAAACCCCCAUGUCGUUCACGAUAAGGAGGCCGCCGUCAAAUAUUUCACCUUCGGAACAGAUCAGUGGGUCAGCUUCGACGACGACGAGACCUUCAAGCAGAAGAUCGACUGGGCGAACGAUGUCGGUCUCGGGGGGGUCAUGAUCUGGUCCAUUGACCAAGACGACAAGAAGUUUUCCGCUCUGACGGGCUUGUUGGGCCGCAGCGUCAAGGACUACAAUACCCUCCUCCAACGCAUGGAAACCACCGACGCGGGCAAGUGGACUUCUAUCAACGGGCAAAAGUGCAUCAUGACCGAUUGCGGCCUGCCCCCGACCUGUCCGUCGGGAUACGGGUUGGCCCCGAACGGCGGCGGGUUCCAUGAUACUUGUGGGAAUAGCCAGUUCAAGAUCAUUUGCUGUCCGCUGGAUGCGAUGCCCAGUAGUUGUCUCUGGCGAGGGGGCGAAUCGUCCACCGGCCGACCCUCCUGCCAUGGCCAAUGUCAUACUGGGGAAGUAACCUUGUUCCACUCCCGGCACGCCACCAAGAAUUGCCUUCGUCCCGGUUUCCAGGCAUUCUGCUGUGAGACUGAGACGUGGACACGCCAGAUCCAGGAGUGCAAGUAUACCUCGUGUGGGAAGAAGUGCGGGGAUGGAGACACAUCUGGAAUGGUCAAGGUAGCCCAGAAACGCGGCGAGUGCUUGUGGGGCGAAGCACAGGAAUUAUGUUGUCCGUCCGACGCAGCGUUUCAAAACUGCCACUGGGUGGGGAAGGGAACCUGCGACGACAAUGAGUGUGAUGACAACGACGUGCAACUGGACACGAACACGUAUGGAGAUAGUAGUGGUGGCUGUGUUGGGAACAGUCGCAAGAAAGUGCUCUGCUGCAAUAGUCCCAAGAAUCUCAAUCCAUUCUUGCCUGUCGCGCUGGACAAGGUCUUUCCGACUCUCCCACCGGCCGAGAAUUACCCACAGUUCGACUUGCAGAAUCUCGGGGGUGACAGUGUUCUCACGGGCGAUACCAAUGCGAAUACCUUCGGGCUCAUCAUUAUCGUUGGUCCGGAGGAAGCCGUCCAGUCCCUUCGUCGUCGAGACGGAUCGGACUUGCAUGUUUUGGAUUGUCAUAAUAUCCGGACCGAUGGCCGCAGCCACAUUCGUCUAGUCUGCUCGGAUGAGGGUGCCAAUUCGACCUGCGACCGAAUUCAUCGGGGAGGAGUGGAGGGGACCGUUCUACGGAUGCCUGACGGCUGUGGACCUGGAUCAUACAGCGUCCUCCACGCCGUUCGUCCGGCCGCGGAUAAAUCCCUGCCACAUCACGUCGCCCGGUCAGCCCCCUGGAAUCCCCGAAUCCUCGACGCCGAGAUCUCGUAUGAUUUCGGUCUGGUCAAACGGGAUUCUGGCGAGAUCUAUAUCCGAAUCGACUAUUCCAACAGCUUGGGGUACUGGAACUCCAUCGUCCAAGGGGAUCCGGCCAAGAAACGAAAGAGAACGGCCGCACCCCUCAGCGAACGCUUCUAUAGCUCUUCCGCAUCGGACUGGAAGUCCAAGUUUGACCAGCUGAGGCACGUCAACAGCGCCGCCCCUAUCACGCUGGGUCAAGGUUCGCUCAACAAAAAGUCCUUUGAUGUCAUGCUCAGUGGCGAAAGCCCCGAAAAAUGCUCCACGAAGGGCGACGAUGGAUACCUCAAGAUGGGUGUCUCGGGGACAUUACAUGAGGAACUCGAGUUCGGAUACAGCUUCGUUGGAACCAUAUCGCCCAGUUUUAACAUCGAGGAAGCGUAUGGAUAUUUCGACACGAAUCUGCAAUUGACCGGGGCAUUAAAUUUUAAUGGUAAGGGAUAUCUCUCGGUUCCAGCGGGUAUGGCGGGGGCCAAUCUCUUCAACAGCCCCGUCAGCGCCUGGGGGUUUUCGCACCCGGGCAUAUGUGAUUUCGGUCCGUGGGUCAAUAUCGAGGCGCAAAUGACCGGAGAAGGAGAGAUCAACGGGGACUUCACGGCCAAGUUCAUUAUCGGAAACGACGGCGUCGUCACGGACAGCCUCCCGGAAUCAACGGGCGGUUAUUCAGGCGGGGUCAGCAAUUCCCUGUUGUCGAAUACCUUCUCUGGCGCUUUGACACUCCCUGCAUCGUCCGUCUCGACCCACACCAAACGAAAGUCCAACAGUGGAGAUGGAACAAUUCUCGGCCUGCGCUUCCUGACCACUUCCCAGAUGAAAUUGGAUCUCCACUUCUACGGCGCCAAGGAGGUUGCCGCCGGCGUCGAGUUCAAUCAAACCCUCGAUAGCUACCUCCGCAUCAAUCGCCAGAGCGAUGGUUCUCCACGCAUCAGCUUCAGCAACCAACAAGCCACUGUCGAGUCCUUCACUCAGGGUGACCUUCCUUGGGGGGAUGAUGACACGCAAAGAGUCCUUGGACAUGGUGACACGCUCAUCCUCCACGAUGGGGCCGAGACGCCGGCAGGUCGUGAUGCCCCCACCAUCAACGGAUAUGCGCUUUUCGGCGGCCAUGAUCUCAUGGACUGCAGCAAUAGUGAUGGUGGUGGCUCCGGUCUCCAGGAAUGUCUGUGCAUCAGCUCCAUGGACCAGUUUGAUCGCUCUCUCGAUCUGGAUCCCGAAACCGGUAAUGCGUAUGAUUUCACCACGCGAAGACGGCGUCGAAGGCGCACUCGCAUGUCUGAUUUGCGAGAGCUCGAUCCCUCACUGAAUGUCGACCCGGAGACUGGAAAGCCAUAUGAAGAAGGCUCUGCGAUCGAAACCCGAGCAUAUGGCGCUCCUGUGUCCUACACCGUCAACCCACCCAGCGGUAACAGCUGGACCGUUACCAUGAACCGAUACCCCAAUGGACGGGAUGGAGCCAGUUUGAUACAGGCGAACCCAAAUGCCGGACGAUAUGGGGCCGCAGAUUGCCGCAACUGCGAAGAUGUGGAUAUCUCAUCCGCGAGUGAUGAUCCCGACCUUCGUCCUGUCACGGAGCAUAUCCACGAGCGGCAGACUGAGCCCCGCGCACAGGAGUAUAUGAUGACGGGUCAGGCGCGUCGCGGGGACGGUACACUUGUCCGCAGUGCAUACAUCAAUCGCCCUGUGCCUGAGCGGUAUCUGGACCCAAACAGCUAUCUCUUCCAACCCUAUAGUGCGUGGGAUCCCAAUGGACCAUAUACCGCCGAUGGACGACCGAUCGAUCAGAUCACUAAUGCUUACGGGUCCGACACCAACCCCGACGUCUUGGUGAACGCGGACAGCGUGCUGAAUGGCUACAAGGCCCGUAUCUGGGUCGGGCACCAGCCCAUGUCCGAUGAACUGUGGAAUAGCAAUGGGUUUAAUAUUGCGGACGUCCAGCAUGUGGAAGGGGCAAUCAACACUAUUCGCACGGCCAUCCAGGUGACCAGCUAUCUGAAUGACGACCAGGUCAAUGAAAACUGGUCCACCGUCGUGAAUGAUGUCAUGGAGAUUUAUGGGCACUACCAGGACCGCGUUCUUGCCGUAGAUGGGGUGCAGUUGCAUGCCCGGGAGAUGUAUCAGGAAUUUGUGCGGGAGGUUGUUGUGGUUGAUAUUGAAAAUUCGGAAUACUGGAUUCUCCGUAGACUUAACCAGGUGCGGAAUCUGUGGCAGCCGCUGGUGGGACAGGAUCCCAACGCUCAAGGUGUUAUUGAUACCUUGAAGGAGUUGAGUGAUCUGAUGGAUACUCUGUUGGUGGAUACUACCAAGAUGGAUCUGGGGGAUUGA